ACUUGUCUCUGCGUGUCUGCCGCCAUGCCACGCCAUGCCUUGCCAUGGCUCACAAUUUUUUUUUCUUCUUCUUCUUCAAUGGGCUGCAGGGCGCGCGACACAAGAGAGCUUCAGGCGAGGAAGCGAAGCGACUGGUAGCUCCAGCAUCCAGGAUCGGCCCAUGACAUCGUCUCCGGCACACCAUCCAUCACAACUUCUGGGGCACGGGGUGGUGGUCAGAGUGAAGUUCAACGGCGGGGUUCACUUGUACCUCGACUCCACGGUAGCUCGGGGGCGUGCGUCUAUACGCGAAGAAAAGGGUACAAAAAUGUACAUGGAAGGUCAAGUUACGCGGAUAUGGUCGAUGUCGAGGGGGGGGCCUCACUCUUCACCCCUCCAUCACUGAGGUGGUCCACGGCGAAACGCCGAGGCCUCGGGCCAGAAGGGUUCCCAGGGUAGGCGACGAAAUGCUCCGAAGAAAAUUUGAGUUUCCCAGCCUGUGCCCCCUUCAGAAUAGAUCUGAUAACCAAGAGAGCAUUGGGGGUUUAUGGAGAUGGGGUUCGUAGCGGUCGUCCCUCGUAGUUGAUGUAUUGCCGUCAAUUGCGUGCG